UGGCUGGAGCCGGCGCGGUCUGGCCCGGCCCCGCGGCCCGGCGUGGAGGGGCCGCCCCUGUAACCCGAGCCGGGCGGGGCGGGGCGGGAGGGAGCCGGGCAGGGGCCGCCCGGCCGGGGCGCGGGCAGCGGGGAACCGGCGCCGGGAGGAGGCGAAGCUGGGUCCGUGGCUGGUGGCUGGGAAUCCGCUGACGAGACAGCCGGGGGCAGGGGAAUGCGAGGAGGCAGCGAGUCUGCCCCACGUACCCGCCUGCUCCGGGUGAGAUCGGGGAGCCCCGUCCUGUGGCGCUCAGACAGAGCGGAGCAGAGCUCGGGGCACCGCUCACAGGCACCUUGCACCUGACCCUCCAGGCGGGGUGGCCAUGGGCAUUGGCUGUGGCCUGGUGAGCCGGCGCCUGUGCAGGGGCACUGGGACUGCCAGGGACUGGGCCGGGCCGGGGGUGUAGCCGGUUCCAUGGACAUGGCGGCGAGGGACAGGUUUGCAGAGAUGCAGGACAGGCUUCGGAUCCUAGAGGACCUCAACAUGCUGUACAUCCGGCAGAUAGCACUCAGCCUGCAGGACACGGACAUCCAGAAGAAGAUUGACCAUGAGCUCCGGAUGCGCGAAGGUGCCUGCAAGCUGCUGGCGGCCUGCACACAGCGGGAGCAGGCCCUGGAGGCAACCAAGAGCCUUCUGGUCUGCAACAGCCGCAUCAUGGCCUACAUGUCCGAGCUGCAGCGCAUGAAGGAGGCGCAGGUGGCGCAGAGGACGGCCCGGCGCCCCUCGGACGCUGGCCCCAUGGACGAUCGCUUACCCUGCAGGGGGAAGGUCUGCGUGUCAGAUCUCCGGAUCCCCUUGAUGUGGAAGGACACGGAGUAUUUCAAAAACAAGGGAGACCUGCACCGCUGUGCCGUGUUCUGCCUGCUGCAGCUCGGCGUGGAGAUCUAUGACACCGAGAUGGUGCUGGUGGACCGGACACUCACCGACAUCUGCUUCGAAAACGGGGUCCUCUUCACGGAGGCGGGCCCGGACUUCGAGCUGAAGGUGGAGCUGUACAGCGCGGGGUUGGAGGAGGACUCUGCGCUCGGUAGCACCCCGAAGAAGCUGGCCAGCAAACUGAGCAGCUCGCUGGGACGCUCCUCCGGGAAGCGGCUGCGCGCGGCGUUGGACGGGGCCCCGGGGAGCCCCGUGAGUAAUGGGGGGAGCAGCCCCCUCCUGCUGCCGGCCCCCAGCGUGGUGGGCCCCAAGUACCACCUGCUGGCCCACACCGUGCUCUCCCUGGCCGAGGUUCAGGACAGCUUCCGCACCCACGACUUGGCCAUCACCAGCAAUGAGGAGAGUUCCUUCUGGCUGCCCCUCUAUGGCAGCAUGUGCUGUCGCCUAGCUGCCCAGCCCUACUGCAUGGCCCAGCAGAUGAUGUGCGGCUUCUUGAAAUUGCAGGUAAGUUUGCAUCCCAGCUUGGAGAGGCUGUGCUGGGGAGGGCAUGGACACGGGGCCUCUCUCCACUGGGGGUGUCAGUGCAGCUGGUGUCAAUACACAAAGCAGCCACAUGGGGGCAGUGCACGUCCAUCCUUCCCGGCUGGCAUGUCCAGGGCACAGACGCCCCGGGCCUGGCCCCCCGGCUGCUUGGGGGGCUGUGGAGUGACCCUGCCCCUUCCCCUCCUUGCAGGCCAGUGGAAGCAGUGUUGCGACGAGCUCAUGAAGAUCGAGGUGCCGUCCCCACGCAAGCCCCCAGCCCUGCUGGCCAAGCAGGGCUCCCUGUACCACGAGAUGGCUAUUGAACCUGUGGACGACAUUGAGGCCGUGACGGACAUCCUGGCGCGGCGGGUGACGGCCCUGGAGCUGCGGCCGGACCUGGGCUGCCCCCCAUGGCUGUCUCUCUUCGAGGGGCCCCUGCUCAGCGCCUCCCAUGCCAGCAUCACUUCUGACACCGCCAGCGCCAGCCCCUCUCGCUCACGCCAGUCGUGGGGCCGGCCCCGCACGCUCUCCCUGGACGCCAGGCUCAGCACACUCAAGGGGCGUGCUGGGAAGGGCCCCGCCACGGCCCUACGCCCGCUGGCCGGCCCCCCCCACUCCAGCUCCUCCAGCAGCGGCAGCACCACCCCCGAAUCGGAGCGCCAGGGCCGCCGCCCCACCCGCUCCCCCCUGGAUCCCCGCAGCUGUCUGCAGUCCCAGGUCUGAGCAGCACGGGGCGCCGGCGCCUGCACCCUGACCAGGACAGGAGGUGACGGGGGAGAUGCCCUGGGCAGGGGCCCCCUCAUGGCCCAGCCAGCCCCACGGCCCCCCUGCUCAGGCAGCAGCCUUGGCUGGGUCGCGGUGUCAGUUCUCCGUCCUGAGCAGCGGCACCUCCCCACCCCGUCCUCCCGCUGAGCCCCCGGCACGGGGACCUUGCUCACGCAGGGCCAAGGGACCCCACCGGGGCCUGGCUUGUGGGGAGACCACAGCAGGGCCCGUGCCCCUUGUCCCCACCCGAGCUCCCUGGCAUCCGCUGGGGAGGGCUGUUAGGAACAAGCGUCCCUGCCCCCAGCCUGGGGCACGGCGUCCAUUUGCUCCCCCAGCUGGGCUGAGCCCUGGGCCGAGGGGCUGAGCUCACCCCCUCCCCCAGGCCCCGCUGAGCAGAGCGGGAGCUGCCCCCGGCCCCAGCCAGACGCACGGGGUGGGGGCUGAGCUGUCCUCAGCCUGGCUUCAGAGCAAAGGCUGAACCCGGGGGGGGGGGGGCUUCGGGACAAAAAAACUGGAAUGAGGUUGGUCCAAGUGACGGGGAGGGGCGUGUGGAUUCCCUAAUUCCAGCUCUAAUGGCUUCUCCUCACUAACCAGCCCCUGGGGCUGGAAUUUGCUCCAUGCCCCCCCCCUUGCAGAUGCAGCCCCCCACCCCCCCAAACAGACCAGUUCCUCUGCAGAGGUGUGCAUAGCCCCUCCCCCCAUGGGGCUGGCUCGCUGGGGGAGGGAGCCGAGGCUGGAGCCACCUCAUUAAUAUGCAUUAAAAUGUAUUUAAUGUUCCCAGA